AAACAAGCACAGAAGCUAAAACUCGCGCGUGCCAUAGGCCAGGCCAGGGCCACUGAUCCGAAUCAAGAGGAGGGUCAAAUAGAAGUGCAACUACAAAUCGCCAAUGGCAGAGUGCUUGUCACACUUGACACUAUCGCCGUCGCCAACAAAAAUGGCGUCGCUUACUGGCACCUCCUCUUCUCGUCUUCUGCCCUCCGUUUAUCGAGCUCGAAUCUCUCUCUCUUCAUCUUCUUCUGCUUCUUCCUAUCUUUCUCCCCUCUCUCUCUCCUCCUCUUCCUCUUAUUCUCUGUCUCCUCUCAAAUGUCUCCGAUCUUCUCCCCUCCUUCCUCAUUUCUUCUUAAAUCAGAAACGAUCGUCGAUGAGUACGGUAGCUGCGGCGUCGGAUCCUGCUCAGCUGAAGAGUGCGAGAGAAGAUAUCAAAGUGCUUCUCAAGUCUAAGUUUUGCCAUCCUAUUCUCGUUCGAAUAGGAUGGCAUGAUGCUGGUACAUAUAACAAGAACAUAGAGGAAUGGCCAAAGAGAGGUGGAGCCAAUGGAAGUCUCAGAUUUGAAAUUGAGUUGAAACAUGGAGCCAAUGCUGGCCUGGUGAAUGCAUUGAACCUUCUUCAGCCUAUCAAGGACAAGUACUCUGGUGUGACAUAUGCAGAUUUGUUCCAGUUGGCCAGUGCUACUGCUAUAGAGGAAGCUGGGGGGCCCAAAAUCCCCAUGAAGUAUGGAAGGGUGGAUGUUUCAGCACCCGAACAGUGUCCUGAAGAGGGGAGGCUUCCUAGCGCUGGCCCCCCUAAACCUGCGGAUCAUUUGCGAGAAAUUUUUUACAGAAUGGGUUUAAAUGACCAGGAAAUAGUUGCAUUAUCUGGUGCACACACCCUAGGAAGGUCCAGACCUGAUCGCAGUGGUUGGGGAAAACCUGAGACAAAGUAUACGAAAAAUGGACCAGGAGCACCAGGAGGACAAUCCUGGACGGUGGAAUGGCUGAAGUUUGACAACUCCUACUUCAAGGAUAUCAAAGAAAGAAGGGAUGAAGAUUUACUUGUAUUGCCAACUGAUGCUGUUAUUUUCGAAGAUCCUUCAUUCAAGGUAUAUGCCGAGAAAUAUGCUGAAGAUCAGGAGGCGUUCUUCAAGGACUAUGCUGAAGCCCAUGCCAAGCUCAGCAACCUUGGAGCCAAAUUUGAUCCUCCCCAGGGUAUUGUGUUAGAUGGAGUUGCAGGAGAGAAAUUUGUGGCAGCCAACUAAUCUGGAAAGGAUUAAGAAACAAGAAACUUGUUUUGUAGUGCUGUAUCUUUUAAUAAUACAGGAUGAAGUUAUUCGCAUCGUAAGAAUACACAUCUAAAACUUGGCAGUCUAACUGGAGGAGAAGCAGAAGAUACAAGCAGAGUAUGAAGCGCUUGGUGGAAGCCCUGAUAAAUCUCUACAGUAACUAUUUUUCUAAAUAUCGUGAUUGUGAUUUGCUGUUUUGGCCUUUUUGACAUCCCUUAAUAGAAAUCAAGUUUGUCUUUUCUUGGAAAGAUCAUUAAGAAAUAGUAUUGUCUUUUAAUGAGUGAUUGUGUAUGCCAAUAUUGUGACCGAAUAAUAACCCAAGUGCUUGUGAAUGA